GUGAGUGGUCACAGGAAAGAGUGAGGGGUCACAUGAAGGAGUUAGAGACAUGGGAGGAGUGAGAGGUCACAUUGGCUAAGUGAAGGGUCACAUGGUGGGGGACUCAGGGACCCAGGGGGAUCACAGAGGGAAUCUAAGGCAGUGAAUGUGGAAGUGUCUGAGGCAGAGAGGUCCUCAAGGAUGAGGAAGGCCUAGAACCCAGCCCUGUCCAGGCAGAAGUGGGUUCACCGGGUCAGGGGCCUCCUGCCUCAAUUUCCCCUCUGAUACAUCCCUGAGGUGUGUGCCCAACCCCUGUGACUGUCCUGUGGGUGUGCUGGUACCCCCCCCCCCAUGGACUGCGCUGAGGACUGGAUGUCACUGCUGAGCCCACAGCUGUGGGACAUCCCUCUGCACCAGCUGUCCAUUCCAGGCAGCCAUGACACGAUGACGUACUGCCUGAGCAGGGAGUUCCCAAUCUCCCGUGAGCGCUCCAGGGUGCUGCACCUGCUGGGUAGGUUCGCGCCCUGCAUCACGUGGCCUGUGGUGCUGAGGUGGUCGGUCACGCAGACCCUGGAUGUGACAAAGCAGCUGGAUGCGGGUGUGCGGUACCUGGACCUGCGCAUCGCGCAUGCGCCCUGCGGGUCAGCGAAGAACCUGCGCUUCGUGCACAUGAUGUACAGCUCGGCGCUGGUGGAGGACACCCUCACGGAGAUCUGCGAGUGGCUGGAGUCGCAUCCACGAGAGGUCGUGAUCCUGGCCUGCAGGGACUUCGAGGGGAUGACGCCCGAGCUGCACGAGUACCUCGUGGGGUGCAUCAAGAACAUCUUCGGGGAUGCGCUGUGUCCAAGAGGGGACAUCCCCACGCUGCGGCAGCUGUGGGCGCGCGAGCAGCAGGUGAUCGUGUCCUAUGAGGACGAGGCCACAGUGAGCCGCCACGAGCAGCUGUGGCCGGGAAUCCCGUACUGGUGGGCGAACAAGCAGGACACGCAGGACCUGCUGCACUACCUGGACACCAUGAAGGGCUGCGGCCGCCCAGGCGGCCUGUUCGUGGCAGGCACGAAUCUCACGGAGAACCCAAGCUAUGUGCUCUCCCACCCAUCCAGGUCAGUAGAGAAGAUGACUCUGCAGGCCCUUCCUGCCCUGACUGACUGGGUGUGUGCACAGCUUCCGGGGCAGGAGUCCUACUGUACCAACAUCAUCGCAGGUGACUUUGUGGGAGCCAGCAGUUUCGUGAGUGAUGUCAUAGCACUGAACAGGAAGCUGCUGCCGCCCUGACAACCUGGCCCCACCCUAACAGGGACCUCUGACACCUGCUGGCUCUGGUAUCCAGGGAGCCUCUGCCUGCCAGUCACUUCCAAUCACUUCCCACAGCAGAGACUCAGGGAAGCAGUCAGGAGCCUGAGGUCAUGAGACUUGCCACAUGCUGCCCACAUCACUUCAUUAAACUAUUCCAAAGCUAACCUGAGUACAAGAACAUUUGCCCACUUGGACUUUACUUUUGUACAAGGCGGUAAGUAUGGAUCUCUUUGCAUUUUUCUACAUGUAGAUAUCCAGUCAAACCAUGACCAUUUGUUGAAGAUGUUUAUUUUUCUAUUGUAUUGUUUUGGCAUCUUUGUCAAAAAACAG